CGGAGAGAAGAGCAGGAUGGAAACCAGGAAGGAGAUGGUGAUGUUUCUGGAAGGAAGUCCCCUCGGCGCCCUGGUCGGCAAGAGGGCGCCCGCUGGGGCCGAGAGCGCGGCCAGCCCGGGCCAGGAGCCCCCGGACCAGAUGAGCCAUAGAGGCUGCCUCAGCCCCAGGUCGGGCGCCUUGUCCUCCCGGGAAAGAGGAGGAGGUGGAGGAAGAGGAAGGCCGGGAGAGGAGGAGGAGGAAGAGGAGGAAGAGGUGGAAGUGCUGCCGGGGACAGGGACGGUCCCGGAGAGCCGCUCCGCCGCCGCCGCGCUUCUCUCGGCCGGCCAGCCGCCCCCCCUCCCCCGCCUGGCCGCCAAAGGGCAGCAGAGCAGCUCGGACACCGAGUCGGAUUUCUACGAGGAGAUCGAGGUGAGCUGCACCCCGGACUGCGCCGCCGGCAGCGCCGAGUACCACCAGCACGCCAAAGGGCAGUGCUCGGACACCUCGGCGGGCAGCCCCAGCAGCGCGGGGGACCCCCCUAAAGGCGGCGGCGGCGGCGGCUCUCAGGGGUCGCUGUCCUGCAGCGCAAGCGACCAGAUGCGCCGCUACCGCACGGCUUUCACCCGCGAGCAAAUCGCCCGCUUGGAGAAGGAGUUCUACCGGGAGAACUACGUCUCCAGGCCCCGCAGAUGCGAGCUGGCGGCCGCCUUGAAUCUGCCAGAGACCACCAUCAAGGUGUGGUUCCAGAACCGCCGGAUGAAGGACAAGCGGCAGCGCCUGGCCAUGACCUGGCCCCACCCGGCGGACCCGGCUUUCUACACCUACAUGAUGAGCCACGCGGCGGCCACGGGCAACCUGCCCUACCCCUUCCCGUCCCACCUGCCCCUGCCCUACUACUCCCACAUGGGCCUGGGGGCCAGCUCGGCCGCCUCCGCCGCCCCCUUCAGCUCCCCCCUGAGGCCGCUGGACACCUUCCGGGUCCUUUCCCACCCCUACCCCAGACCAGAACUGCUCUGCGCCUUCAGACACCCCUCCCUCUACGCCGGCCCGGCCCACGGACUGAGCGGCGCCGGGGGCGGCCCUUGCUCCUGCCUGGCGUGCCACGGGAGCCAGUCCAACGGGCUGCCCCAACGGCCUUCGGGAUCGGACUUUACCUGCUCGGCCACCACCAGGACGGACUCUUUCCUCACCUUCACGCCCUCGGUGCUGAGCAAAGCCUCCUCGGUCUCCCUGGACCAGCGGGAAGAGGUCCCUUUGACCAGAUAGAAGCUUCAUCUCAG